AUGUGGCCAAAUUUACUGGAAUUGGAAAAGCGAAUGCCGCUGCUGCUGCUGCUGCUGCUGUGGCUGCCAGUUGGUGGUUUGGGCAUAGUAAAUCCGUCGAAUGAGUCAGCCAAUAUGGUUAUCUAUAUGCUGCCCGCAAAGGAUGUGGGUCCGCACACUUGGCAGGUGGGCGUCGAAUGUCUGGACAGCUUUGCGCAGAUCUUCUUCUAUCGCAAUCCGUUGGAGCGUUUCACACGCUUGUACAAUCUGAUGCUGACCAAUGUCUUUAACAUGUCACUGCCCGCCGCUCUGAUACAGCAGGGCUUCAGUGAGCGCAUCAAUGAGGCUAUCAGCGAUCCGAAGACGCCACCGGACCGCGAGUAUUUUCAGCUGCGCGUCAUCUCGGAUCAUCAGAACAGGUCGCAGGUCUUUGGGGAGCUGCUGCUGGCGGAUAACUAUGUAAUUGUCGUGGACAGCGUAGAGAGGCUGCACAAGCUCAUGGCCCGCUAUGUUAGCAAGAGUCGCUCCUGGAAUCCGGGCGCCCGCUUUCUGGUGCUCUUCCAUAAUGCCCAGAUGCGUGACAGGCCCUGGACGGUCGCAUCGAAGAUCUUCAGCGAUCUCAUGAGCAACUUCUACGUGCAUCGUGUGGCGCUAAUCUUUGCCAACUCUUCCACGGACUACAACCUGCUGGUCAACGACUACUACAGCAAUGUUGACUGUCGCGUGCUCAGCGUCCAGAGCGUGGGCCAGUGCUACGAUGGUCAGCUCUAUCCCACGCCACAUGCCGUCCAUGUCGCCAUGUCGGACUACAUCAGAGGCUUUAGCCCGAGAAACUGCACUUUCUACGUGUGCGCCUCCAUUGCGGCGCCCUUCGUCGAGGAGGACUGCAUUGUGGGCAUCGAGAUGCGCAUAUUGGGAUUUAUGCGCAGUCGCUUACAGUUUACGAUAAAUCAAACCUGCUCUCGAGACACGCGAGGUGAAUUGGAUGAAAAUGGCAAAUGGAACGGUCUGCUGGGCAAAUUGGAGAACGGCGAGUGCGAUUUUAUCAUGGGCGGCUUCUAUCCGGACAAUGAGGUUGAGGGCAUAUUCUGGGGAUCCGAUUGCUACCUGCAGGACGCGCACACCUGGUACACAAAGCUGGCAGAUCGUCGCCCGGCAUGGCAGGCAAUGGUGGGCAUUUUCGAGCCAUUCACAUGGAUGUGUUUCCUGCUGACGCUCGUGCUGAGCUGGCUCUUCUGGUACGCGCUGGUCACGCUGCUGCCGGAGCCACAGUAUUACCAACAGCUCAGCCUGACUGGAAUCAACGCGCUGGCGGUGUCCAUAUGCGUCACUGUGCAGGAGCGACCCAUUUGCGAGGCGACGCGCAUAUUCUUCAUGAUGCUGACGCUGUACGGCAUCAAUGUGGUGGCUGUGUACACAUCCAAGAUGAUAGCCACUUUCCAGGAUCCGGGCUAUUUGCAUCAGCUGGACGAGCUGCACGAAGUGGUCGCGGCAGGCAUACCCUUUGGCGGCGAGGAGGAGUGUCGCGAUUGGUUCGAGAAUGAGGAUGAUCUGUGGAUAUUUAAGGCGUACAAUUCCACGACAGCGUUCAGGCCGCGCACAGAGAAUCUGAAGGAGGUGGAGCUGGGCAUGCGCUGCAUACUGAGCAGCCGCAUGUAUAUACUGCAGAAUCUCCAUGCGGACGACAUAUAUGCCUUUCCGCAGAACGUCUUCACCAGCCCCAUGCAGCUGAUUAUGAAGGCGGGCUUUCCAUUCCUUUACGAGAUGAACAUGAUAAUACGCUAUAUGCGCGAUGUGGGCAUCAUACAGAAGAUCGACUCAGAUUUUCGCUAUAAUAACACAUACUUGAAUCGCAUUGCCAAGAUGCGACCGGAGUUCGCAGCCACCGUCAUUGUGCUAACCACGGAGCACCUGAAGGGACCAUUUGGCAUACUAAUUGUGGGCAUAUGCAGCGCCUCGCUGAUAUUUCUGGGCGAGCUGCUCUGCGGCUAUCGCAGCCAUAGACGGAGGCAGCGUCGACGCCGGCGAGAACGGGUAAGGCGACGGGGUAGCGGCAAGUGGCAUAGGGAGCGGCAGCAAGUGCGCCGGGCUGUGGCUCCGGUGGUGCGUUUUACUCCAGUUAAGCGACGCAAAGUCCUGUAAGUAGCCGCCACAGCCAGACAAACAAACCAACUAGCUAAACCAUAAAAAUUGACUCAAUUCACAUAAAUUUGCAAUUGAGGGAAGGCAGCGACAGCGGCGACGACGACGACGACGUCAAUGUGGCUGUGCCUCUUGGGGUCGUCGUUGUCUUUGCUGUCUUGUUGUUGUCUUCCUUGGCUGCUGUCUGGUCUCGUCUGGUAGUUGUAGUUUUCACGCGAAAUACUUAAAAUCAGCGACAAAAUUCUAUUUUUGCAACUAUCAAAAGCGACGGCAUGAAAAACAAGCAGACAGUCAGGCACACAGGCACACAGGCAGUCAGUUGGUCUGUUGGUCUCCGGUCUGCACCCUGCUCCCUGCUUCAAGAACACUGCUGCCUUGCACAAAUUGACAAUCAGCUUUGAAUGAACUGCUUUUCCUGCACAGCUACGCAAAAGAUUUGAAGUUCUGGCAGAGAAAAUCUCCCCAGCGUCAACUGUCGCUGAUAAUAUUGUUAUAAGUAGCAUAUUUACCCACUCUUAGCGCUACGAAACUAAGUAUCUAAAUAAAGUUUGUAAAAUAUUGCAAAUAAAAAUACCAAAAAA